AUGAUCAAGACACUUCUGCUGGUCAUCAUCACGAUAUUCAUCCCACCCAUCGGUGUCUUCCUCGUAGCAGGAUGCGGCGUCGACCUACUCAUCAACAUUCUCCUCACCGUCUUAGGCUACUUCCCCGGCCACAUCCACGCCUUCUACAUCGAGUACGUGUACGUCAAGCGACGCGACGAAGUGCGCGCGGGUAUCUAUAAUGCGCGUCCAGCACCCGGUGUGUAUAGCCAGAAGGUGCAGAGUGGCGGGCAUCGUGGCCCUCCUGUGCCUGUGCCGGCUCAGCAAGGUUAUCCGGUUCAGCCGGGACAGCCAGGACAGCAGGGGUAUGGGACCGUGUGA